UCCCAUGUGAUCUUUGGAAGCUGUCUGCCUCAGUACAUCCAGCGCGUGUAGGUGUUUGUUCUGUUCCUGUUCAGAUUGACGCUUGAGCUGAGUUUUUCAGUGCUAGCAGUGGAUCAUCUUGCAGAAAUGCUGUGGGUGUGGAUAGCAUUGUGCUUUAUAUGGCAAGGAACAAGCAGCUUCAUGAUCCACAACGAUGUAGAAAGCCUGUGCCUUGAGGACUCGCUUGAAAAUGCUGGAGUUCAGUUAACGAGAUGCAGUUUGGACUCAGAGCUCCAGCAAUGGAUCUGGACAGAGCGAAUGUUCCUUAUGAAUGUACACACACAAAGGUGCCUGUCUGCUCUCCACAGUAACCCAAUCCAGACACUUAACUGUGAUGGUGAAGAUCAUCUGCAGUGGCAGUGUAUGAACCACAGGCUCAUCAGCCUGAGUCAUUCUCUGGAGCUAAGUGUGCACAGCGGAAGCCUGGCUCUAAACAAUAAAGGAAAAGGCAACAGGUGGAAGUCUCUGGAUCAAGGGGACAUCUGUCAGGAGAAGCUGAGAUCCAGAAGGGAUAGUGAGAUAGAGGUGCAUCCAACCGUGCCAGAGAAAGAGAGAGAGUAUCUCAGGUGGUUUUACCGCACUGAAGACUCAACAUCUUGGAAAUUUGCCAUGCUGACCUUGUCUGUCGUGGCCCUGCUUUUGGGCUGUAUGCUCUGUGUCAUGGGAAUGAUGGGUAACAAACAUCGAAAAGAAAUAGCCAAGUACAAGGCUGCGUCUCCUGCCACUGUCAAAGUGGAACUAGAGGAUCUUCAAGACUUUACUGAGAUCAAGGAGGACAAAAAGUCCUACACCGGCCAAACACUAGAUGGCCAACUAGACAGCAAAGCACCACUGGUUGGAGCUAGUGAGACUGAUGCGUUGAAGUCUGGUGAUAUUAUGGUCACAUGGAAAGAUGGAAAUGUCUCCACACUCUACUCUGAUUCUCAAGAGGAGGGUAAGGAGGACAAGUGAUGUGGGACUGAGAGACACAUCAAAUCGCAAAACUAAUUCCCAUUUUCUAACAUAACAUUUUUUAUAAAAAUUAACAUGUACAACGUUUAAGGGGAACUGCACAGAUAAGGACUUGCUCUAACUUGGGCUUGUUUUGCUCAUAAAUGCCUUUAAAUAAGACAAGACCUAAAUCCCAACUCAAUAAUUCGCAGUUGAUUUGUAGAUCAAGCCUAUUUGCUGUUUCCUACUAGUUCUGUAUCUGCUUAAAUGUGAAUAGGCAAAAGGUGCUGUUUAAUUUUCUACAAAAGCAGUUCUCACAAGUGUAUAUUAUUGCAUAAUUUUAAUAUGAUAUCAUUUAGCUAUGUAUCGAUCAUAACAGCUUAGUCAUAGGGACUUGGAUGGUGGAUGCUCCACAUUAUUAUGCUUGGAUUAUGUGGCGCAUCCACCAUACAGGCCCUUGUUUCAGUAUUUAACAAAUUGAAACAUGCACUAGUUGCUAUGGUGAAGCUCCAUAUAAUUAGACGUUUAUGAAAGGAGUCUCCAGUGUCAGCAUUUUGUAGAAGUCAAACAUUUUACCACCAUAUCUUUAGGACGGAUUAAAUUUUUGCAUGUCUUUGUUAACAUAACAAGCUGUAUUUUGUGUUUGCUUGUUUGAUUUUUACAAACUUUUGGCAUGAACAUUAUAUGUAACUAUAAACAGAUAAAAGUACACUAUGUGUUGUUUAAAAGUUCCAAUUGACAAAUUUUUGUGACAUGAAUGGAAUAGUACAGUUUGGCAUAAGUCGUGGUUACAUGUAUUACAUUGGUGUCUGUGUCCACUAUUUAUCCCCCAUUUCAUCAACUUCAAAUUAUAUA